GAUUAUUUUUAACUCGACAACCGGAAAUGCAGGGCUGCUGUCCAAAACAUCCGACUUUAGCAAGCGUGUGACAAAUUAAGACGUCUGAGAAGCCAAAAAUAAAUAAAACGCAGCCUUUAGAAGAGCAUUAAUUAAACUUGUAUGACGGCGCUGUAAAAUAUAUUUUAAUGUAAUGAUGUUCAAAUCAUACCUCUUGUGUAUGCUAUUUAAUGGCCGAACUUGGCAUUGAUUUAUUGUGACAGCUAGCUAACGUUACUGUAGCCCCAAACAGUUUGUUUGACCUAGCGAUAGCUAGCCAUCUGGUCACUAAUGCCAUGUACUCAUUCUACCGGUUCCUGGUGUUGAAUCUGAUUUCCCAUUGUAAAAACCUCACAGUCUCGUUGCGAUAUAUCGGAUCGGUUAAGCGGCAUGUUUUGAGAACCCGCCGAGACGAAAAUCCAAUGCUUCUCUACUCAACAAUUGCGAGAAGGGCGACCAACCUCUGCCUGUUGCGCUCACCACACUGUCAUUCAAGCACCGGGCCAAUGGACGACAUUAACCGAGUUAAGAGGGUCUCUAUUGAAGGCAACAUUGCGGUAGGAAAGUCGACAUUCGCGCAACUCCUGCAGUUUGCUGGCCAAGACUGGGAAGUGGUUCCUGAGCCCGUGGGGAAAUGGCAGAGCAUCGAGAGUGGGUCUUCACAACAGAAGGUCAGUAACCUGUUGGAUAUGAUGUACCAGGACCCUCAGCGCUGGUCCUACACCUUUCAGACCAACUCCUGCAUGAGCCGCAUGCGCACCCAGCUGCAGCCACCACCAGCACACCUGUUCAGAGCAGAGGGCGUCCCUGUGCAGGUCUUUGAGCGCUCUGUGUACAGUGAUAGGUAUGUAUUUGCCCUGAACAUGUUUGAGCUGGGCUGCAUCAACUCUACUGAGUGGGCUGUCUAUCAGGACUGGCAUUCCUUCCUGGUGGAACAGUUUGGCCGUCAGGUGGAACUGGAGGGCAUAAUUUACCUCCGAGCCCCCCCACAGAAGUGUAUGGAGCGUCUGGGACAACGGGGGCGGGUGGAGGAGAAAGGAGUGCAGCUAGACUACCUGGAGAAACUACACACCCAGCAUGAGAGGUGGCUCAUAGACAAGAGCACUAAGCUGCACUUUGAGCAGUUGACCCGGGUGCCUGUAUUGGUGCUGGAUGCCAGUCUAGAGUUUGAGGAGGACCCUAAGGUGUGGGCCAAAUUUAUCACACAGGUGAAGGACUUCUUCAGUGGACUAUGAGGUACAGUCAGUUGUGUGGCUAUGAACUCCAUGGGAUCAAGAUAUGCAACCAUUUGGACCUCAGUCAGUAUAUGGCAUUUGCAACUGUUCUGUCUGAUUUAUCCCCCACAUCCUUUCACUAUAUCCUCACUUAUUUUGGGGUAUGUCAGACUUCCAAUUGUGGGGUUUCCGUUGGCUAAUUACAGAUUUUAGAAUGCAGUUUGUGAAUAUAGAAUCAGAUCUAUAUUGGACCAUAUUCAACAUAAAUAAAGAAGCAGAUUUUGGAUUGUUAUCUGGGAACUGUAAAAAAAUAAAUAGGCCACAAUCUGAUGCAAAAUUGUCUGGUGUUGUGGGAAUUCUAACCAAUCAGGAGAGACUUUCUUCAUACAAUCAUACUUUAAUAUCAAUUAAUUAUUGCAAUUAUGGAGCUGGUCAAUGUUAAGGUCUUAGAGUGGACCUAAAAAUGGUUCCACCCCUCCCCGGCAGAUCACCUUGUUUUCUUCGUGGCUAUGUGUAUCGGGUCAUAGCGCACAAACAAGUAAUGUUAGUUCCGUUACUCCUCUGUUCAAACCAGACUCUGUUCACCUCAUAUCUCCACACAGCUGUGCCUUGAAAGAUAUGAGAAGAACGGGAUGGACUGAGACACUGGUCACUCUCAGGAGGCAGAGUGGAAAAAUACCUUCAAACAGACAGUGGAAAUGUACAGGUUUAAGGCUCAUACAGCACAUGUGCAUAAAAGUUUAGCAUUAAGAACUAUUAAAGUAAUUCUUCAUCACAUUGUCUCUGCUACUGUAUACAAGAUUAAGUAGUCUGUUACAGAUGUUGUUUCUCCUCUAUAUUGGUUUCGACUUCAAUGUUACUUUGGGUAUUUAGUUAUUUACUUAUUCCUGUAUUUAUGGUGUCAGAGUUGCAUCCUAUUUGAGCUGCUUUGACAUGUAAUUCAGAAUACCACAUCAAUAAAUAUUUUGUAGCCAAAUCUGAUAAAAGGUAAAUUAAUAAAUUGAAUUAAAGUUGUA